UAACUGUGAUUCUAGACACGUAAGAUGUUAGAAGUUGUCAUACUUUCGACAGGGUUUGUAACAUAGUAUCUUCACAGGAAGGCUAGAAAAACAACAUCAAUUAUCCCUCUUUUCAAUAAGAAACAUUUGAGUUACAACUGUAAGUGUAUAACCCAGUGUCAGGAAAUAAUCUAUUUUUCUUAACCUUCGGUGUUGCUGGAUAUUUGGUGCAGGCUGGCCUAGCACACAACAGAGGUGGAAAGAGAGUUUUCUUGUUUCUCAGUUUCUAUUCCAUCCUCCAUCUCUCUGUUCCUCAUGCUUGUUCUCUGUCGGUCACUCCCUCCUUCUCUCGGUCCAUUACAGGAAGGGAGUUGGCUAGCGGAGGUUGGAAAACGUUUGACAAUUGUUCAGAUGAGGAGAUAACUCUCUCUCUCCCUAUGUCUUGCAUUCUUACCCUCUCUCCCUCUUUCUCUCCCUCUUUCUCUCCCCCUCUCCCUCUCUCCCUUUCUCCCUCUCUCCCUCUCUCUCUCUCUCUCUCUCUCUCUCUAAGACAUUUCCUGCCUAAGCAUGGGGGUCCUAGAGUGGACUGUCCUAGAUUGAAGACUGUGUAGGAAUGGCAGAACAUACAAUAUGGCAACAAUGUGGUUUAGCACUGAAACAGGCGGGCAGAUAUACUGGGUUUUCUGGCCAGCUGUACUUUCACACUGCAACCAUGAGUCAUUGUUCUUCUGCAGCUGUAAUACGUCAGUUUGAUCCCAUGUUCAGAUUCCACUCAUAUCUGUCCACCUGGCUCUCUGUUCCAGAUGCACCUGCCCAGUGUGUGUGAGGGUGUGUAAGAUGACACGUGAUGCUGUAAAAUUGGGGUUUGUUUAACUCAAGCCCUUAGUGUGUGUGUGGGUGUGUAUUUGUGUGUGAGAGAGAGAGAGAAAGAGAGAGAGAGAGACAGAGAGAGAGAGAGAGAGAGAGAGAGAGAGAGAGAGAGAGAGAGAGAGAGAGAGAGAGAGAGAGAGAGAGAGUAAGAAAAAGAAGACAGAGCAAGUAUGUACCAGAACGCGUCAGCUUUGAAAGUGGAGCUACUGGCUAACUCCUCCUCACAGUGUACGUAUGAUCUGAGUGGAUGGGAGCAACACAUGGACCAGCUGUACACAUACUUUUAUCUGGUUCUCUUUGUGCCUGGCCUGCUGCUGAAUGCCACGGCCCUCUGGGUACUCUGCACAUACAUCAGAAAGAAGACCAAGGCAGUGAUCUUCAUGAUGAACCUGGCUUUGGCAGACCUGGCCCAUGUCCUCUCUCUGCCUCUCAGGAUCUACUACUACUUCACCCACUCCUGGCCCUUCGGACAGCCCCUCUGCCUGUUCUGCUUCUAUCUCAAAUACCUCAACAUGUACGCGUCCAUCUUCUUCCUGGUGUGUAUCAGCGUGCAGAGGUGUGUGUUCCUGCUGAAGCCCUUCUGUGCCCGCAGGUGGAGGCGGCGCUACGACAUGCUCAUCAGUGCCAGCGUGUGGCUGGUGGCGGGACUGGGCUGUUCCCCUUUCAUCCUCAUGAGGAGCUCCACCAGCACCAGCCUCGCCCCGAACGCCAGCCCCUACUCCCCUUCUACGCCUGGCCCUGCGGUCAACUAUCAGGCCUAUGUCUCCCCCCUGUAUACAAGCUUCCAUCCCAGCACCAGCCUCAGCCUGACCUCCCUCUCCACCCCCCGCGACACAGCCAGUCCUGGCUGUUUCAAGGACCUACCUACUCGCCGGCUGCCCCUCCCCCUGGCGGCGGCCAUGAUGUCCGUGGCGGAGCUGUUUGGCUUCCUGCUGCCGCUCCUAGCCGUCAGCUACAGCUCCUACCGCAUCGCCCGCUCGCUCGGACAGAAGCAGGACAAGGAGGAACGUGGACAGACCAAACCGGCGGCCCACACCCCCGCCACCAGACCCUCCAGCUCCUCCUUCUCUUCCUCCUCCCGCCAGACGGAUGGAGAGAAGCGCCGCGGCCUCCGCAUGGUCCUGAGCUGCGCCGCCCUCUUCCUGGUCUGCUUCGUACCCUACCACCUCAACUUCCUGCUCUACCUCAUGGUGUCGCAGGGUUUGGUGUCCCACUGCCCCACGCAGAAGGCAGUGCGUCAGUUCCACCCGGUGUCCCUGUGUCUGGCCAGCGUCAGCUGCUGUCUCAACCCCCUCCUCUACUACUUCCUGACGGCAGAGUUUAGGAUGCACCUCCGCAGACGCACCUCCUCCUACUCCUCCUUCCUGCUCUCCUCCCCUCCGUGCUCCUCGCCGCAGUCUCGGCCGACCAGGGAGCGUCUCACGAGCAUGGAGAGCGUCUCCUCGUACAGGGAGUAGCGGGUGAGGGAGCAGAGGUGCCUCCUUGGUCUGACAGCUGCUCCUUCAGAAGCCCCUCGUGCCUCUUAAGGAGGAGCACUUCCUCUCCUCUUCCCACUCUGCCUCCUCCUCCGUGUCUGCCUCUAAUUCAAUUUAGUUCAAUUCACUCUAUUGAUCCCAAAGGAAAUUCAAGACACUCUAACCCUUUCCUCCUCUUCCGCCCUCCUCCUAUUCCUCCUCUACCAGUGAUCAGAUGAGCUGCAGCUUGGUCAUGUGGCGUCCUUGAUAACAAUGUGAUGGAACACGUCCCAACACAAUGACUUCAGAUGAGGAAGUGAGGAGAACUUCCCUGGGUCAUGUGACAGUGGAUUGUUUAUAAACUGAAACCUGGAGCGGCCUGACCUUAACUUGAGUGUGUGUGCAGCCAGAGAAGCUGUUGUUUAAAAAACAUUUCCAGAGUUUCCAGAGGACCUGAAUUGGUCCAGAGGAACUUAAUUGGACCCCGCUUAGUAGUGCUACUGGACUAUGUGUUUGUGUGUGUGUUGGUAUGUGUCUGGGUGGCAUGAACAGUGUACAGUUAUGAGUCAUCUGAGGUGUCUUUCAUAUCUAGCACCACAGGCACACCCAGACUAAGAUAAUAAGGAUGCCCACAACUGCUGAGCAAUCUCAUGAAUACACACACAAACUCUUAUUUUUAAAUCCGCUGUAUUUCAAAAGCAUCAUUUGACGUUCUUCACGUCCAGUUUAUGGCCUCAACCUAGAGAUCAUGAAUAAGCUGCAACAGAUAAGCUAGUGUUAAGGGGCCAGUAUGAAGCUAGUUCUGUGCUGCAACUGCUGCUGCACAACCUUCUAGUUUAUAACAUUAAUAAAAGUCAAGCUUGUUUUAGUUUGAAAGAUGAAAACAUUCUGUUUGUUUAUUGUGUGCUAGUCAUUCAGAAGUCACCGCCAGUGUGAUAAUGACUCAAUGUUUAUAGAGGUGUUUGACUUGGAGAUAGACUGAUGGGUUGUCCUGUCAGAAUGAAAGGGGUGGAUAGCCUGGUUAAUCCAACGUGCCCCCUCAAAGGGCGGACAGGUGAGAAGGCAGAGAGGUGCGUGCAGAGAGACUGGAUUGUGUGGCUCAUCUGACAAGACUGGGUCACUGUGGAUCACUGUAUUCAUGUAUUCAUGGUGAUACUCUGGCUGCUCUUCCGAACCAUAUGCCUAUAGUACUGUACAUAUGUAACACAAUUGGCUUCAAUUUGUUCACUCUAGUACCCAUAAUUCUCAGUGUAUUGAUUUUUUUUAAAGAAAUUAUUUCAAUAUUUUAUGAGUUAUGCUAAAGUAAUGUCAGAAUUACAGUGAUUAUUUGACAAACCAUGCUCCAGACGAUUUGUGAGUGCAUUGUUUACAGUACAACAGCACAGAACAGGUAUAGUUACACAUUAACUUUUAUUGAUU